AUGGUGACCUUGUCCUGGGAAAACCAAUCAACAAUAACGGAAUUUGUGCUUAGAGGAUUUUCCUCCAUCCGACACCUAAAUAUUUUCCUCUUUAUGAUGUUUCUAGUUUUCUACAUCUUAAUUGUUUCUGGAAACCUCCUCAUUGUUCUGCUAGUUUUGUUCAACCAUCACCUCCACACCCCCAUGUACUUCUUCCUAGUGAAUUUGUCCUUUCUGGAGAUCUGGUAUACCACCAACAUUGUCCCCAAGAUGUUGCUAAUUAUCCUAGCUGAGCAGAAAACUAUCUCUGUGGCUGGCUGUCUGGCCCAAUUUUACUUCUUCGGAUCCCUGGCUGCAACAGAGUGUCUCUUGCUUGCUGUGAUGUCCUACGACCGCUACCUGGCCAUCUGUCAACCUCUCCACUAUCCCUUCCUCAUGACUGGCCCCCUGUGCAUUAGGCUGGCUGCCAGCUCUUGGCUCUGCUGUUUCCUCCUCACAGCAAUCACUAUGGUCUUACUGUCUAGACAAACCUUCUGUGGACCCAAUGAAAUCGAUCACUUCUUUUGCGACUUUACUCCUCUGGUUCAUCUCUCCUGCAUGGACACCUCACUGACUGAAACCAUCGCGUAUGCCACCUCUUCUGCAGUGACUCUGGUCCCAUUUCUCCUCAUCACAGCGUCUUACUCCUGCAUUCUUGCUGCUAUCCUAAGAAUUCCACCUGGCACAGGUCGGCAGAAGGCCUUCUCUACCUGCUCCUCACACCUCACCAUGGUCACAAUGUUUUAUGGGACAUUAAUUGCCACAUACCUUGUGCCCUCAGCCAACUCAUCCCAACUCUUGCGCAAAGGGUCCUCUUUGCUCUAUACCAUCCUGACACCCAUGUUCAACCCCAUAAUCUACAGCCUAAGAAACAGAGACAUUCAUGAAGCCCUAAAGAAGUGCUUCAGUAAGAAGCCAGGUUUCCUCAGAUGA